AGAGGGGGAACCGAGGUGAUUUAAUGGAGUCGCAUUCUAAAUUUAAUCUUUCCAUUAUUGGAGUUCAUUAAUGCAAGUCGUGUGUUCGAGCCCUGCGUUUGCCAAGCGCUAUAUAUUUUUGUGCCUAGAGAUAGAUUAAGAGCUUCUCAAGAAAUCACUAUGGACCCGCCACCACGUCCUUUGGGCCGCGGUCGUGGACGCGGCCGAAGUGUGAGGGAUAGCACAUCGUCAGGUAUAUCUGAUGUCGGCAGUGUCAGUGGACUCUCAUCGUCGAUGCAAUCCCUUGGCGAAGUCCCUCCACUUGGAAAGGUGCCAGGACAGACCGAGAUGGGCCCACCUGGUCCUAAGCCCUCGCGCUCUUUAUUGUCCUCCUACUCUGACUCGAGCUCUGUGGCCAGCAGCAGCCAAUCCAUGCCUACCAGACCUGGCACUGCCUACAGUGUUGUGCGCACCAUGCCUGAAAAGCUGAAGAGCAAGAAAGGCAUUACUGGUCAGCCAAUUGAGUUGCUGGCUAAUUACUUCAAGCUGUGCAAGGUGACAGACUGCACCCUGUACCAGUACCACGUUGAUUUCCUGCCUGAGGAAGACCGUCCCAGCGUGAGGAAGGCUGUGCUGAGGAGGCACACUCAAGACCUUGGUGGCCAUCUCUUUGAUGGCAUGAUCCUCUACUCUGCUAGAGUUUAUCCAAGCCAGCCAUAUGUGCUGACUAGCACCAACGAGGAUGGCACCAUGUGUACCAUCACCAUUACCCUGACCAGGACAGUCGCUAGGGGCGACCAAGAAUACAUCCAGUUCUUCAACGUGCUCAUGCGUAGGUGCCUCUCCCUGCUCAACCUUCAGCUGGUUGGAAGGAACUUCUUUGACCCGCACGCCAAGAUCCAAAUGGGCAACUUUCAAAUGGAGCUUUGGCCUGGAUACCAGACUUCCAUCAGAGAGCACGAGAAUGACAUUUUGAUGUGCACUCGCAUCACCCACAAAGUGAUGAGAACUGACACGGUGCUGGACCUCAUGGCCAGCACCCAGCGCAAGGGAGGCAACUGGCAGAAGGCGUUCUGUGAUGCCGCCCUUGGUCUCGUCGUCAUGACCGACUACAACAGCAGGACCUACAGGGUGGACGACGUUGAUUUCGAAGUGACGCCCAAGUCCAAGUUUUCCAUGAGAGACACUGGCGAUGUCUCCUAUGCUGAGUAUUAUGAGAAGCGCUACAACAUCAAAAUCAAGUGCCUGGAUCAGCCGCUGCUGAUUUCCAAGAGCAAAGCCAAGGACAUGCGUGCUGGCCUGCCAGAGACGGUGUACAUCAUCCCCGAGCUCUGUCGCAUCACUGGUCUCACAGACGAGAUGCGCAGCAAUUUCAGACUGAUGAGCGCGCUUGCCGAACACACUAGGGUUGGUCCCACAAAGCGGGUGGAAAAAAUGCUUCAGUUCAGCAGGCGGCUCAUGGAGGAGCAGAGAGUCGUCCAGGAGCUGUCGCAAUGGAACAUGCAAAUUACCAACAAUCUCGUCAGAUUCCAAGGCCGCGUUCUGCCCCAAGAAACCAUCAUCCAGGGCAAGGUGGGCAGGGAGAUCCGCUACCCUGCUGGAGCUAACGUUGACUGGACCCCAAAGCUGAAGAGGAAUGAAAUGAGCGACGCUGCUGCGCUUGACACUUGGGUUGUCAUGGUUCCCCGCACCAUCGAGCGCGAGACCUGCGACUUUGUCAACGCUGUGAUGGGUGCUGCUAGCGCUAUGGGCUUCAAAAUGGCCAUGCCCAAGCGGUGGGACCUGCCUGACGACAACCAGGCAACCUACGUCAACCAACUGGAAGACAUGCUGUCCCAGUGUGUGCCUAAACCAAGCCUGGUCUUGUGCGCGGUAACCAACAACCGCGGAGACAGGUACAGCGCCAUCAAGAAGAAAACGCUGGUUGACCGCCCUGUGCCUACACAAGUGGUCACUGUCAAGGCGAUGACCAACCGCAAUCUCCAGUCCAUCGCCUGCAAAGUGGCUAUCCAGAUGAACUGCAAGGUUGGUGGUGCCCCGUGGGCUGUUGAGAUGCCGAUGAAGGGCACCAUGUUUGUUGGCUUUGACGUCAGCCACGACACAAUCAACAAGAGCAUCUCCUACGGCUGCAUCGUAGCCUCUUUGAACAACAGCCUCAGCCGUUGGUUCUCCACUGUGUCUGCCCACAAGUCCUGCGAGGAGAUGUCCAACGAAGUGGCCCUGAACAUCCUGAAGGCCGUAAGGAAGUACCAGUUGGUGAACCAAUCCCUGCCUGCCAGGAUCAUCAUCUACCGUGAUGGAGUCGGUGAUGGACAGAUCCCCUUCGUGUGCAAACACGAAGUAGCCAUGAUCAAAGAGAAGCUGACAGAGGUGUAUGGAGGCGAGAUGUGGAGGAUGGCCUUCAUCAUCGUGUCUAAGAGGAUCAAUACCAGAAUCUUCCAGGCCUCCAACAGGAACAACCCUCCUCCAGGCACGGUGGUUGAUGACUGCAUCACCCUUCCUGAAAGGUAUGACUUCUUCGUGGUCAGCCAACAUGCCAACGUGGGCACUGUGUCACCCACAGCCUACCAUGUCAUCUCUGACAACAGUGGCCUCGACCCUGACAAGAUGCAGCGUCUGGCCUACAAGAUGACCCACGUCUACUUCAAUUGGAGUGGCACAGUCAAGGUGCCAGGACCAGUGCAGUACGCACACAAGUUGGCCCAGGUGACAUCUAUGUACCUUCACAAGCUGCCCAACUCUGAGAUCAAUGAUGUGCUUUAUUUCCUGUGAGCUCAUUGCACUUUUCCUUUUAAUAUUUUGAGAUGUUGACCACCCCUUAAUGUAAUAAUUAUCAGUUAAUACAAGCAUGAUCAAAUAAAUCAGAUUCUAACUUGCA